AUGAUCGCCGUUCUCCCGCCUGAGAUCCUCCACGAUAUCCUCGGCCGCACCACCCCCAGCUGGAGAUGGGGCUGGCGCUGGAAAAAGUGCAGGAGGGUGAUGCUCGCCCGCGCGGAUCUAACUUGGUUUCUGAACUUACGACUCGUCAGUAAACAACUCCACGAUAUCGUGAUCGACCAUUUCCUCACAGCAAUUAGAGUCGGGCUCAUCGAUCGCGAGCUUCCCAUUUGCCAUGGGGCGCCGACUCCGUCGACGAUGGCAAUGGCAAGACGGUUACUAUGUUCGCUUGUGGGGCGUAGUUGUGACUUUCAAGGGUUAGCGACGAGAAGUGUUUACCCGCUUGCCAACACGAUCAAUGCGGGGGCGGACGGGGUCGUCGAGUUUUUCUCGCAGAGGAGCGAUAUUGACCCCGGGGAGCUCCGAACGAGCUAUCUAAGCGGGAUGAUAUCAAUGGGCUGGGAAGAAACUAUGGAUGAUGGUCUCGACUACGAAAGGGACGGAUGGAGCGGUGCCGCAUUGAUGGCGACUGCGUAUUUGGGGAGAAUCGACGAUAUGGAGGCGCUGCUUGCGUGGCGUAUUGAGAAUACUGCUGAUCCGAAUAAGUCACUCCAUCUACCUCUUAUGACGGCUGCGUUCGGUGGACAAGAGGAGAGCGUACGGCUUCUGAUCGACAAGGGUGUCAACAUAAAUAUACGUACUGUCGGAAACGGGGAUACUGUGCUGCAUUUGCUGCCUUGGGAGGGCAUGCAUCUCUUGUCAAGUAUCUUCUGGAGGCUAGAGUGGACGCUGACGUGGUGA